CCCCCUGUGGUUAACACAUUUCGAGGCUUUGAAUUUCUGAGAGGGAAAUUGAAGUGGGUUGUCACCUUUGGAGGGAGCAGAACAAAGAGUGCACGGCGGUGAAGGCGAUUAUGGCAGUGAAGGCGACAACGGCGGCGAAGGCUCCACUGUAAGCAGCGAAGGCUUGUUGGUUAGCUCCUGAAGCUAUUUGAAGUGUUUGUUUGUGAGUUUCUUUCGGAAUUCGACAUUUAGGGUUCUAAGCUCUUGUUUUGUGUUACUUUGGUUAGGUAAUGGAAAGUAAUGUACAAUCCGGUGAAAAUGGAGAGGAAGAAGCCCAUGUCAGUUUAGGUAACAAUGGGCAUGAAUUAUCUGAGGAAAAUGGUGGUUCUACUGGAGUGGAGGAUGAGGACGAUGAUGGUGCUGUGUAUGAGAAGAGCAUAUUAGAUUUGACAGAAGAUGAUAUAAUGGGUAUGGAAUUUGAUUCUGAAGAGGAUGCGAUUAAGUUCUACGAAAGAUAUGGUCAGUGUUAUGGUUUUGGUGUAAGGAAAGACAAUGUCUAUCGUUCUGCUAAGGGUUACAUUGUUACUCGUCAACUGGUAUGCAGCAAAGAGGGGGUGAGGCAUAGAAAAUACGUGCAGCGGAGGGACCGGGUUAGAGUUUCAAAGGGAAUUACCAGGGUGUCAUGUCCAGCUCGCUUCCGUGUUCGCUUUGAAAGCAACUCAGGUAAGUGGAAAGUUGCUUACUUUGUCAAGAAUCACAACCAUGUUCUGGCACCUGUGGAUAAAGUCCACUUGAUUUCUUCCUUUCGGCACCUCAAUGAUUCUGACAAGGCUCAGAUUAAUAGCCUUAAGCUACAUGGGGUGAGGACUUGCAACAUAAUGGGCUUGAUGCUGGGGCAGAAAGGUAGUCAUGAGGCAUUGGGUUUUACGAAGAAGGAUCUGUUCAAUCACAUUGAUAAGGAGAAGCGGAUAAGGGUAGGAAACGGAGAUGCAGUUGCUGCUUUGUCAUAUUUUCAGGCUAAGGCUGAGGGUGAUCCAAUGUUUUUCUCCAAGUAUACUAAAACUGAAGAUGAAAAUCUCAAAGACUUAUUUUGGAGUGAUGGAGUGAGCAGAGUGGAUUACCAUGCUUUUGGCGAUGUAAUUGCCUUUGACAGCACCUAUAAGAGGAACAAGUAUAAUAAGCCUCUUGUGAUUUUCUGUGGCUACAAUCAUCAUGGGCAGACAACAGUUUUUGCUUGUGCUUUGGUUACGGAUGAGUCGAUCGAGACUUAUAAGUGGGUUUUGGAGACAUUUGCUGAGUGUAUUUUUCAGAAGCACCCGAAAGGUGUUGUUACAGAUGGUGAUUUAGCAAUGAAAGAAGCAAUAAGUUGUGUCUUUCCUAAUGCCCGUCACAGGUUGUGUGGUUGGCAUAUUCAACAAAAAGCGCUACAGAAACUUAAGAAUUCAGACUUUUUGGAUGAUUUUAAAGUUCUGAUUUAUGGCAACUUCAAUCCGGAUAGAUUUGACCAUGUUUGGGCUAAGGUUAUGGAGAAGUAUGGAUUUGGUGAUGAUGAGUGGUGACAAUAAUGUAUGGGA